AUGAAAACUAAGAUAGAAACGUUCAUAAGGAUAGAUAGAAGUAGACAUUAAUCAAAAAAGGACAUUUUAUAGAGUCCAAAGAAUCGUCCUAGCCCUCAAUAAGAUGCAUUACGGAGAACAAACCAGAGAAAGAAUAUUAAGGAUACUAUUCUUAAGAUAAUAUAAUAAGAAAAGUCGAUGAUUAAAAAAAAAAGAAUGCUGAAUGGAUAUUUGAGGCAAGUAUAGACCUUGAGGUUAUCUAGAAUAACUAUUUAAGGAAAUGA